GCCGAGCAGCGUCACAGAGGCAGGUUAGUAACAGGUAAACUCCACCUGUCAGGUGCGCAACCUGUGGGCGUGGCUUGGGUUUGACUGAAAACCAGAAGCUCCCGGACUCUUGCUUGUGGCAGAGUGGACUUUCAUCGCAGAGCAAUAACUUCCUGAACAGUGUAACUUGUUGAACAGGCAUGAUGGUAAACCUCUGUGGUCUGCUCAAUGCUAAUAAGGAACCAGUUCCUCUGAAGAGCGUGGAGGUGGAGCUGGAGGUGAGGGACCAUGUGGCUACAGUGGUGUCCACUCUGAACUAUGAGAACAAGGAGGACAAACCACUAGAGGCUGUUUUUGUCUUCCCUCUGCCUGGAGAUGCCGCUGUCUGUCACUUCAGUGCCAAGAUUGGACAGACACAGAUUGUAGCUGAGGUGAAGGAGAAACAGAAGGCUCGUGAGGAGUACGAUGAUGCUCUGAGCUCCGGUCAGCAGGCCUUCCUGUUGGAGGAGAGUGAGCAGAGUCCAGAUAUAUUCUCUCUGAGUGUGGGCAGUCUGCCUCCAGGAGAGAGCGCCUCCAUCAGGCUGGAGUACGUCACUGAGCUGGCUGUGCAGGCCGAUGAAGGGCUGAGGUUUAUUCUGCCUGCUGUGCUCAACCCUCGCUACCAACCACAGGGUAGUGAAGGUGGCAGUGUCCAGGUGACCUCUGUUCCAGCCUCUCUGGUGCCCUACAGUCUGUCUUUCUCUGCCCGAGUGUCCUCUCCUCGUCCAGUCUCUAAAGUAGAGUCCAACUGUCCCCUGGACCCUCUCCAGUACCUCAACACAGAGCAGAGCCAGGCCACGGUCAAGUUGGCUGCAGGACACAAGUUUGACAGAGAUGUUGAGCUGCUGAUUUAUUACAAAGAUGCCCACCAGCCCACUGCUGUGGUGGAGGCAGGACAGGCCUCUGCCAAGCCUGGCUCUCUGAUGGGGGAUCCAGUAGUGAUGCUGAGCCUGUACCCUGAGUUCCCUCAGGCUGUCAUGUCUUCACUCGCCUCAUGUGGAGAGUUUGUGUUCUUAUUGGAUCGAUCUGGCAGUAUGUCGGGGGCACGUAUAAAGAGUGCCAGGGAUACUCUGCUGCUCCUGUUGAAGAGUUUACCAAUGGGCUGCUAUUUCAACAUCUACAGUUUCGGGUCCAGCCAUGAACACAUCUUCCCUAAGAGUGUGGAGUACAGCCAGGAGACCAUGGAAGAGGCUCUGAAGAAAGUUGAAGAGAUGAAUGCUAAUCUGGGAGGAACAGAGAUCCUGAAGCCCCUAAAAGAUAUUUACAGCCAGCCCUGCAUUCCCAAUCAACCCAGACAACUAUUUGUCUUUACUGACGGAGAGGUGGGGAACACCAAAGAAGUCAUAAAUCUGGUGAAGAAGAAUUCAGGUUCCCACAGGUGCUUCUCUUUUGGGAUUGGGGAAGGGGCCAGUUCUGCUCUUAUCAAUGGGUUGGCCAAGGAAGGAGGAGGUCACGCUCAGUUCAUCACAGGGACUGACAGGAUGCAACCUAAAGUGAUGCAGUCGCUGCGUUUUGCUCUGCAACCAGCCGUGGUGGACAUCUCAGUCACGUGGGAUUUACCAAAGGGAGUCUCUGUCACUGCUCUGUCUCCACCAAUCACAGCACUUUUCCAGGGUCAAAGGUCACUGAUUUAUGGCCAGCUCACUGGACAGAGUUCAGAGGCAGCAGAGGGCUGUGUGACGGUGAAGUACAGCCUGGCAGGCCAUCCCUCUCAGAACCAGCUGCACUUCAGUCUCCAACCUGCAGAGGACACUGGACUAACAGUCCACAGGUUGGCUGCUCGGACUCUGAUUCGCUCCCUGGAGAUGGAGGAGACAGAGCGCAGAGGAGAGCAAGAUGAAGGAGUGAAGAAGAAGAAGGUGGUGGAGCUCAGUGUCCAAUCAGGAGUGAGCAGUGCCUUCACUUCCUUCAUUGCUGUCAACAAAGGCAACGGCGAGACCAUUCAAGGACCUCUGGUGCGCAGAAAUGAUCCAACACUUUUGAUGCAGUGCUAUAUGGUGUCAGGUCUUCCACUGAUGUACGAAAUGUCCUGUGAUAUGCCAGAAAUGAACGAAAUGUCCUGUGAUAUGCCAGAAAUGACAUGUGCGAGAAAAGCUAAGGCUCCCAGCAGCCCAGGGUUUCUCUCUAAUAUGAAGAAGAAGCGAGUUGUCUUCAAGCGAGCCCAGUCUGAGGCUGACCAUCUGUCUCCACAGUCAGAUGGUCAGCACGUUAAUGAUGCUUCAUCUUCCUCAGCAAAUAGCUCUCCCCAGCAGCCACCCAGAGACCCUCUGCUGCAGCUGGUCUUCCUCCAGAAGGCGUCUGGCUGCUGGGUGCUGGAUCCAGCUCUGGCUGCUGCACUGGGAAAGACCAGCGAGGAGGUGGAAAAGCCCAAACCUGCAUCGGUCAAUAAAGAAGUGUGGGCCACCAUUCUGGCUCUGAUCUGGCUUCAUGGUUUCAAGAUGGACGCUCAGGAAGAGUGGGAGCUUCUGGCUAUGAAGGCUGCGUCAUGGCUCCGUGCUCAGAAUGCACCGUGUGUGACCGAGUGUGUGGACGCUGGAAACUCUCUGCUGGGUUGUAAGGUGCAGAAAGAUGUCCUGGGACUCUGAGGUUUUCAUUAAAGUGGCUUCUCUUUAAGUUUGGUGCGCAGAAGCAGAUUUGCACCAUCCUACAACCUUUACUUUAUCAACGUCGCUCCAUACUAUCUACCUAUUAAAUGAUUUAAUAAAUCUUUGUUUUCCCCUCA